AUGGGCUUUGAUUUAGCUGUUCUGAUAUAUGACACCAGAGUGUCAAGUUUUUCACAGGAGGAUGAUAAGGAUGAUGAGGAGGAAGAUGAUGAUGAGGAGGAGAAGGAUGAGGAUGAUGAGAACGAGGAGAAAGAGGAUGAUGAUCAUGAGGAUGACAAAGAUGAGGAUAAUGUUGAUGAUCAGGAUGAUAUGGAUGAGAAUGAUGAUGAUGAUCGUGAGGAUGAUGAGGAUGAGGAUAAUUAUGAUGAAGAGAAGGAAGAGGAUGAUGAUCAUGAAGAUGAUGAGGAUGAGGAUAAUUAUGAUGAAGAGGAGGAGAAGGAAGAGGAUGACGAUCAUGAGGAGCAUGAGGAUGAUUAUGAGGAGGAGGAGGAGAAUCAUGAGGAUGAUGAUAAGGAGGAUGAUAAGGAUGAUGAUAAUGAGGAUUAUGAGGAUGAGGAUGAGGGUGGAUCAGAGAACCAAUUGGAAGAGGAGGAUGAAGAGGAGCCUGAAAGAGUGUAA